GUUAAAGGAGCAGCAUCCCAGCUCCACUCACUCCAGCUCCUCCAUCUUCACAGCAGAAUGUGGAGAGAACUGACCCCGAGACUCGUCCUGGUCUUCGUAUGCUGUGUGAACUGUUGCCACACUGAAGGAUGUGAACAGGGACAGUUCCGCUGUGUAACUGGUCGAUGUAUCCCAGGAGACUGGCACUGUGACGGGACAUCAGACUGUGUGGAUGACUCUGAUGAACAAGGCUGCCCUCAAGCAACUUGCAGCAACAAUCACUUCCAGUGUUUGAGUGACGGUGAGUGUAUCCCAGAUGUGUGGGUAUGUGAUGAUGAGGAAGACUGUGAAGAUGGUUCAGAUGAGAGACAACACUGCUCUGUACGGAUGUGUACCAGUACCCAGUUCAGCUGCAGUAACGGGGCCUGUAUCCCCGGAGAAUACCGAUGCGACAGGUUAUUGGACUGCUCAGACGGGUCUGAUGAGCGAGACUGCCAUUACCCUGAGUGUACACAGCUGAGGUGUGCUAAUGGAGCUUGCUACAACUGGACUCAGCGGUGUGACCACAUAUUGGACUGCCGCGACGGCUCUGAUGAGGCAAACUGCACACAACACUGCAAUACAGGCCUAUUCACAUGUCACAGUGGAGCGUGCGUUCCUCAGCGCUAUGUCUGUGACCAUGAUGAUGACUGUGGAGACAGGAGCGAUGAACUAAACUGCACAUAUCCCUCAUGUAGAGGGAACUACUUCACCUGUCCCAGUGGCCGCUGCAUCCACCAAGUCUGGCUUUGUGAUGGAGAGGACGACUGUGAAGACAACGCAGAUGAAAUAGGAUGCGAUAAUGUUCAGCGUGACUGUUAUCCCGGUGAAUGGGCAUGUCCAUCUUCUGGCCACUGCAUCCCCAUGGCUCAGCUGUGUGAUGGAACGCCUCAUUGUCCUGAGGGAGAGGACGAAACUAACACCACCACUGGACACAACUGCAGUAUCUGGAAAUGUGCCUCUCUAAGCUGUGAACAUCAUUGUCAUGCAUCCCCUAUGGGAGGAACCUGCUCGUGUCCGUCUGGAUACAUUGUCAGCAGCAAUAAUAGCCGCUCAUGCAUAGACUUUGAUGACUGUUCCAUGUGGGGCGUUUGUGACCAGCUGUGUGAAGACCGGAUAGGCAGCCAUCGCUGCGGCUGUCGAGAGGGCUACAUCUUGGAGCAGCACAGAUACUGCAGAGCUAAUGUCUCAACUGGAGUCCCUUCCUUGGUGUUUUCUAACGGUAGAGACUUGGUGAUCGGUGACAUCCAUGGCCACAGCCUACAGACUUUGAUCCAUUCGCAAAACAGAGGCGUUGUGAUGGGAGUGGACUUCCACUAUGAUCUCCAUAAAAUCUUCUGGACUGACACCAUUCAGAACAAGGUGUUUUCUGUGAACAUGGAUGGCUCCAACAUGCAGGUGGUUUUAAAUGUAUCAGUUGACUAUCCUGAGAACUUGGCCGUGGAUUGGGUGAACAAUAAACUGUAUGUGGUGGAGGCCAGCGUCAACCGGAUUGACAUGGCAGACUUUGAUGGAGGUAAUCGCGUCACACUCAUCACUGAAAAUCUGGGAAACCCAAGAGGACUGGCGGUGGACCCCACUGUUGGGUAUAUGUUCUUCUCAGACUGGGAGGCACUGAAUGGCCAACCAGGACUGGAGCGAGCCUUUAUGGAUGGCUCCAAUCGCUAUGGAAUCAUUGGGAACAAACUGGGCUGGCCAGCUGGUAUCACACUGGACAUCGAAGCAAAGCGUAUCUACUGGGUGGACAGUCGAUAUGACUACAUUGAAACUGCAACAUACGACGGUCUUCACAGAAAAACAGUUGUCCAUGGAGGAGCGGUGAUCCCACACCCAUUUGGCAUCAGCUUAUUCGAACACAAUGUGUAUUUCACUGACUGGACCAAAAUGGCUGUCAUGAAAGCCAACAAGUUUACUGAGAGCAGUCCUAAGGUGGUUUAUGGAACAUCCCAGACUCCACAUGGAGUAUCAGUGAUACAUCAACUGAAACAGCCACACGUGUCAAAUCCCUGUGGUUAUGAUGGGGGUGGAUGUGAGCAGAUCUGUGUUCUGAGUCAUAGGAGUGACAAUGGAGGACUUGGUUACCGUUGCAAGUGUCGCAUGGGCUACGACCUCCAUCAGGAUGGUAAAAGAUGUUUGGCUGUGAGGCAGUUCCUGCUCUUCUCCAGUCAGCUGGCUGUGAGAGGAAUCCCUUUUAACCUCUCUUCUCAGGAAGACGUCAUCCUCCCUGUCACCGGAACGCCUUCCUACUUUGUUGGGAUAGAUUUUAGUGCUGCGGACGAUGCCAUCUUCUUCUCUGAUACAGCUAAAGACAUUAUCUACAAACAGAAAGUGGAUGGAACUGGCAGGGAGGUGCUGGCAGCCAAUCGAGUGGAUGGAGUGGAGGACCUGGCUUACGACUGGAUUUCUAAAAACCUCUACUGGACUGACCCACGCUACAGGAGCAUAUCCGUUAUGAAGCUCGCUGAUAAGUCCAGGAGAGCCAUCAUACGUAACCUCAACAACCCCAGAUCCAUCGUGGUGCAUCCUGUCAUUGGAUACAUUUUCUGGACUGAUUGGUACCGGCCAGCAAAGAUAAUGAGGGCUUGGGGUGAUGGGUCACAUGCCCUGUCUAUUGUAAACACCACACUUGGUUGGCCAAACGGCCUCGCUAUUGACUGGAGCUCGAUGCGCCUGUAUUGGGUGGAUGCUUUCUUUGAUAAAAUCGAGCACAGCAAUUUCCACGGACAGAACAGGAUUUCACUGGAUCGCAUCACGCAGAUCUCCCAUCCAUUUGGUCUUACUAUUUUUGAAGGUUAUGCAUAUUUUACUGACUGGCGCCUGGGUGGCAUUGUACGUGUCCGCAAAACCGACGGCGGGGAGAUGGUGGUCAUCAGACGAGGAAUCAGCCACAUCAUGCAUGUUAAAUCUUUCAACUCCAACUCUCAGACUGGUUCCAACCUGUGCAACAGACAAACCAAUCCGAAUGGGGACUGCAGCCACUUCUGCUUCCCAGCUCCGGACUCUCAGAGGGUUUGCGGUUGCCCGUACGGCAUGAGGCUGUCGGCCAACCAGCGGAUCUGUGUGGAGGACCCGUCCAAUGAGCCCCCCACAUUGCAGUGCGGGGCCAACUCUUUCUCCUGUGGCAACGGCAAAUGUGUCCCAAACAACUACAGAUGUGAUGGUGUUGACGACUGCCAUGACAACAGUGAUGAAGUCAACUGUGGAAUUAAUAACACUACCUGCUCCCCCUUUGCUUUCACCUGUGCCAAUCAGCGCUGUGUGCCUGCACGAUGGCGCUGUGAUGGCCACAACGACUGUUUUGAUAACAGUGAUGAGUCCAACUGCCCCACACAGGUGCCAGGCACGUGUCCUGUCGGUCAGUUUACCUGCACCAACCACAGGUGCAUCCCACAAACAUGGCGUUGCGACACUGAUAAUGACUGUGGGGACAGUUCUGACGAAGCUGACUGCAAUCUAGAGAGCACGUGCCAUCCAAGCCAGUUUCAGUGUCCAGACCACCGCUGUAUUGACCCCAGUUAUGUCUGUGAUGGAGACAGGGACUGUGUGAACGGGGAAGAUGAACUAGGCUGCAUGUACAACUGUACUGUCAAUGAAUACAAGUGUUCCAGUGGGCAUCAGUGCAUCAACUCCUACUACCGAUGUGAUGGAGUAUAUGAUUGCAAUGAUCUCUCAGAUGAACGAGGCUGUCCUACCAGGCCCCCAGGGAUGUGCCACCAUGAGAGUGAGUUCCAAUGCCAGUCUGACGGUACCUGUGUUCCAUCUACCUGGGAGUGUGAUGGUCACCCAGACUGUGAGGAUGGAUCUGAUGAACACCACGCCUGCCCCCCUCGCACCUGCCCCACCUCACUUUUCCGCUGUGACAAUGGAAACUGUGUGUUUCGUGGUUGGCUCUGUGAUGGUGACAAUGACUGCAGAGACAUGAGUGAUGAACAAGACUGUCCCACGCCACCUUUCAGGUGUCCAAGCUGGCAGUGGCAAUGCCCCGGCCACAGUAUGUGCAUCAACCUCACCAAAGUGUGUGACAACACUCCAGAUUGUCCUAACAGUGCUGACGAGUCUCCUCUCUGCAAUGAACCUUUGCCAGAUCAGGAAAGCUGUUCAGACAACAAUGCCGGCUGCACCCAUGGUUGUAUUCAAGGGCCAUUUGGUGCCCAGUGCACUUGUCCUCUGGGUUAUCAAUUGAGCAAUGACUCCAAGACUUGUGAGGAUAUAGAUGAAUGCAAACCCCAUGGACUCUGUAGCCAGCACUGCUUCAAUGAGAGAGGCUCUUUUCGAUGCCACUGUCAGGAUGGGUACACCCUUGAGGCAGACCAGCGAACCUGCAAGGUCUCAGAGUCUCGCCAGGUGUUCUUGUUAGUCGCCAGUCGAAAUCAGAUUGUGCAAGAUGACAUAACCGCUCAUCCUAAUGUAAUCCACUCACUGGUUCGGGAUGGACGCAAUAUUGUGGCAGUAGACUUUGAUUCAGUUGCUGACCGUGUGUAUUGGUCUGACACCAGCCAGGACCGAAUCUGGAGCGCUCACAUGAAUGGCAGUGACAGAUCUGUGAUAUUUGACAGUGGCGUGACAGUGACAGAAAGCCUUGCUGUGGACUGGGUGGGCAGAAACCUGUACUGGACUGACUAUGUUCUAGAAACUAUAGAAGUGUCAAAGCUGGAUGGAACCUAUCGGACCGUGUUGAUUAGUGAAAAUGUCACCAACCCUCGAGGCUUGGUACUGGACCCAAGGGAUAGUGUUCACCUAAUGUUCUGGACUGACUGGGGGAGGAACCCUCGCAUUGAGAGGUCCAGUAUGGAUGGGAAACAGAGGGUCACCAUCAUAAGAAACAAGCUGUUCUGGCCCAACGGUCUUACCAUAGACUAUCCAAACAACCUGCUGUACUUUGCCGAUGCCUACUUGGACUUCAUUGACUACUGUGACUAUAACGGCAACAACAGAAAGCAAGUUCUCUCCAGUGACCUGGUACUGCAACACCCCCACGCAAUUACCAUUUUUGAGGAUUUUGUGUAUUGGACCGACAGAUACAUCAAUCGUGUGAUUCGGGCCCAUAAGUGGCAUGGACAGAACCAGACGGUGAUGCUGUUCAACCUUCCUCAGCCUAUGGGUCUAGUGGCAGUACACCCAGCAAGGCAACCAGCAGGGGAAAAUCACUGCUUGAUGGCUCCCUGUACCCAUAUCUGCCUGCUUUCGGCUGUGGGACUGAAGUUAUACUCGUGUGCCUGCCCCUCCGGUUGGACUCUGGCAGCUGAUGAAAUCACCUGCAUUAGAGUUGAGGAUCCCUUCCUGGUGGUUGUGAGAGAUAGCAUAAUCUAUGGCAUUUCCUUGAACCCGGAAGACAAGAGUAAUGACGCUAUGGUCCCAGUGGCUGGACUUCAGAAUGGCUAUGAUGUUGAUUUUGAUGACAGUGAUCAAACCAUCUAUUGGGUGGAAUACCCCGGUGAGAUUCACAGAGUAAAAUCAGAUGGUACCAACAGGACUGAGGUUGCCCCAGCAGCUGUAUUAGGAUCCCCGGUGGGCUUGGCCCUGGACUGGAUAACAGAGAACCUGUAUUACACUAAUCCAACUAUGCAGUCUAUUGAGGUGUUGACAUUGAGAGGUGAGGUACAGCACCGGAAAACUCUAAUCACAAAUAAUGGUUCUCCAACUGGCGCUGCCAGACCUGUUGGCAUUGCAGUGGACCCUGCACGUGGCAAACUGUACUGGACGGACCAGGGAACAACGAGCGGCAUCCCUGCUAAGGUGGCGUCAGCAGACAUGGAUGGCUUAAACCCGGUCAACCUGUUCAUCAACAACCUGGACAAUAUUGAGUUUCUCACUGUGGACAUCCGAGAAAACAAACUCUACUGGGCUGUGACAAGCACAGGCAUGAUUGAGUGUGGGGACACAGAUGGGAGCAACCGCAUCACCAUAGUGACAGAUCUGUCUCACCCAUGGGGUGUGGCUGUCUAUGAAAACUACUUGUACUUCACUGACCGUAACUUUGAGGUCAUUGAGCGGGUUGACAAAGCUACAGGUGCCAACAGGGUUCUGCUGCGAGACAACGUGUCUGGACUCAAAGUUUUGAAAGUGCACCAUCGAGAAUCCUCCGCAGGUAAAACCAAUGGCUGUACUGACAACAUGGGAGCGUGCGAGCAGCUCUGCCUGCCCCGGCCACAGGGCCUGUACACGUGUGCAUGUGCUACAGGUCUCAAACUCAAUUCUGACAACAGGAGCUGCACCCCUUACCAGUCCUAUGUUGUCAUUUCUACUCUGUCUGCUAUCAAAGGCUUUAGUCUGGAAGGGGACGACCACUCUGAGGCCAUGGCGCCUGUCGCUGGGAGAGGUCGCAAUGCUUUACACAUUGAUGUGCACAUGGCUUCUGGUUUCAUCUACUGGUGUGACUUCAGCAGCGCUGUGGCAUCACAGAACGGAGUCAGACGGAUCAAACCAGAUGGUUCGGGACUACAUAGCGUUGUUACAUCUGGAAUAGGACGUAAUGGGAUCAGAGGCAUUGCUGUUGACUGGGCAGCAGGAAACUUGUAUUUUACCAAUGCCUUCCUGACGGAGACAUACGUGGAGGUGCUCCGCCUGAACACCACUUUCCGGAGGGUACUGCUGAAGACUGCAGUGGACAUGCCACGUCAUAUUGUUGUGAACCCCCGAAACAGAUUCCUGUUCUGGGCUGAUUAUGGUCAAAACCCCAAAAUUGAACGGGCACUCUUGGAUGGAACAAACCGCACAGUUUUAGUGUCAUCAGGGAUUAUUACUCCUCGUGGUCUAGCUCUGGAUUGGCAAACAGGCUAUAUCUACUGGGUUGAUGACUCUCUUGAUAUGAUUGCCCGAGUUAGCCCUGAAGGGGGGGAGACAGAGAUUGUCAGAUAUGGCAGUCGUUACCCAACUCCCUAUGGGAUUACAGUGUUUGAGAGUAGCAUCAUUUGGGUGGACAGGAACUUGAAGAAGGUUUUCAAGGCAAGCAAAGAACCAGGCAGUACUGAGCCGCCUGCUGUCAUCAGAGACAAUAUCAGCAUGCUUAGGGAUGUUACCAUCUUUGACCAGCACACUCAACCUACUGCUGCCCAGCAACUUAACAACAACCCCUGUGUUGAUGGCAACGGAGGGUGUGCCCACUUUUGCUUCGCCCUUCCAAGUACCAGCACCCAGAAUAAGAAAUGCAGCUGUGCAUUUGGGAAUCUCGCAGCAGAUAAUGAGGGCUGUGUGGUAUCAAGGGAUGAUUAUCUUAUCUACACAACAGAGAGCACAGUGCGCAGUUUGCGUCUUGAUCCCGAGGACCAUGGUUUGCCGUUCCCUGUAGUGAAUGUGCCACGCACGUCAGUGGCACUGGAUUUUGACAUCGCUGAUGGGAGGAUCUUUUUCACCCAGAGCUCAGGUGCUGGAGCAAGCAAGAUCAGCUACAUCAACCUGUCCUUGCCAACCUCCACUCCUGUGGUGGUGGCAUCAGAUCUAGGAGCACCCGAUGGAAUUGCUUAUGACUGGAUAAACAAAAGAAUUUACUACAGUGACUAUGCUAACCAGAGUGUCAGCUCUAUGUCAGUGGAUGGCACUCAGAGGACUGUUAUUGCUCAUGUGUCCAGACCAAGAGCCAUCAUGCUGGAUCCCUGCAGGGGAUACAUGUACUGGACAGACUGGGGAACAAAUGCAAAAAUUGAACGUGCCACUUUAGGAGGAAACUUUCGAAGAGAGAUUGUGAACAGCAGUCUUGUGUGGCCCAAUGGACUGACACUGGAUUAUGAAGAACAGAGGCUAUAUUGGGCAGAUGCAAGCUUACAGAAGAUUGAACGAUCUUCUCUUAUGGGGACCAAUCGGGAGAUUAUUGUCAAUACAGCUAUCUAUCCCUUUGCCAUGGCCAUGUUUGGCCAGUUCAUCUACUGGACUGACUGGAACACACGCAGCAUUUACCGGGCCAACAAACAUGAUGGUUCUGACCAGAGGGUGAUGAUUCAGAAUCUACCAUCUCGUCCCAUGGAUGUCCACGUCUUGGCCAGAAGGAAGCAGCAACAAUGUGACAGCCCCUGCCAGCAGUUUAAUGGUGGUUGCAGCCACAUAUGUACACUGGGACCCAAUGGUGCUGAGUGUCAGUGUCCAUCAGAGGGCCGCUGGUAUCUAGCAGACAACAAGCACUGUAUCCCUGACAACGGGACGCGAUGCCAGGCAGGCCAGUUUACCUGCAUGAAUGGACGUUGUAUUCGUGCCCAGUGGAAAUGUGAUAAUGACAACGACUGUGGUGAUGGCAGCGAUGAGUUGGAGAGAGUUUGCGGGUCAAAGAUUGAUUUGGACUAUUUUGUCCCACAGUUGAUGUCAUCCUUUAUUGCAUUGUCAGCCUUCCACACCUGUGAGCCAACAGUUUUUACUUGUGGGAACGGGCGAUGUGUGCCUUACCACUACCGCUGUGAUCACUACGACGACUGUGGAGACAGCAGUGAUGAAGUGGGCUGCCUGUUCAGACCAUGUGACUCCAACACUGAGUUCACCUGCAACAAUGGGCGAUGUAUUUCUAAGGACUACGUUUGCAAUGGAAUCAACAACUGCUAUGACAAUGGCACAUCUGAUGAACAAAACUGCCCUGAGAGAACCUGUCUGCCAGAACACGCAAAGUGUCAGUCUACAAACAUUUGUAUCCCACGUUCAUACCUGUGUGAUGGAGACAAUGACUGUGGGGACAUGAGUGAUGAGAGUCCUACACACUGUGAAUCAUCCACAUGUUCCCAGAGUGAGUUUCGUUGCUCCAGCGGCCGCUGCAUCCCUGCCCACUGGUACUGUGAUGGAGGUGCCGACUGCGCCGACGGCUCUGAUGAACCUCUCUCCUGCACCACACUGGUCAGAACCUGCAACACAGACCAGUUCCGCUGCGAUGAUGGCAGGUGCAUUGCCUCGUCCUGGAUCUGUGAUGGAGACAAUGACUGUGGUGACAUGAGUGAUGAAGACCAGAGGCACAAUUGUGCCAAUCGCACCUGUUCAGGUGUGGAGUUCACUUGUUUGAACAACCAGCCACCUCAGCGGAAAUGUAUCCCUCGCGACUGGGUGUGUGAUGGAGACGCAGACUGUGCAGAUGCGUUAGAUGAGCAUCAAAACUGCACGCGUAGGUCCUGUGGCAUCAACGAGUUUACCUGCAGCAAUGGUCUCUGCAUACGCAACGCUUACAGAUGUGAUCGACGGAACGACUGUGGAGACAGUAGUGAUGAGCAGGGCUGCAGCUACCAGCCGUGCCACCUGCACCAGUUCACGUGCCAGAAUGGUCGCUGCGUGUCCCACGACUUUGUCUGCGAUGGCGACAACGACUGUGGGGAUAAGUCUGAUGAGCUGGAACACAUGUGUCACAAACCACCACCCACCUGCCCCCCUGGACAGUUCAUGUGUGAUAGUGGACAUUGUAUCUCCCUCAGCGGGGUGUGUGACAGAAAUGAUGACUGCUCCGACAGCAGCGAUGAGAAGGGAUGUGGUAUCAAUGAAUGCACAGACCCAUCCAUCCAUCAUUGUGAUCAUAACUGCACUGACACACCCACUAGCUUUAUUUGCACCUGCCAUCCCGGCUACCGCCUCAUGUCUGACAACAAAACCUGCGAUGAUAUCAAUGAGUGUGUGGAGACGCCCAGUGUCUGCAGCCAGGUGUGUGAGAACACCAUUGGCUCCUACAUGUGUAAAUGUGCCCCGGGUUUUCUCAGAGAGCCAGAUGGGCGCAGCUGCCGUCAAAACAGCAACAUUUCACCCUACCUUAUCUUCAGCAACCGCUAUUACCUGAGGAACCUUUCUACAGAUGGGCAGGCCUACUCUCUGAUCCUGCAGGGCCUAACCAGUGUGGUGGCCAUGGACUUUGAUCGAGUCGACAGGCGCCUUUAUUGGAUUGAUGUGAGCCGUAGAGUCAUUGAGAGGAUGUUCUUCAACGGCAGUAACAGAGAGGCAGUGGUCAAUGGCGUACGGCAUGGAGAGGGGCUUGCAGUUGAUUGGAUAGCCAGGAAACUGUACUGGGUGGACAGUUUCUUGGAUUGUCUCAAAGUGUCUGAACUGGAUGGACGCUUUGAGAAGAAGCUAGCAGAACACUGUGUCGACGCCAAUAACACCUACUGCUUUGAAAACCCCAGAGCCAUUGUGCUGCAUCCUAAAUAUGGAUACGCUUACUGGACAGACUGGGGAGACAAAGCCUUUAUAGGGCGUGUUGGAAUGGAUGGAACCAACAAAUCAGCCAUCAUCACCACCAAGAUCGAGUGGCCCAAUGGAAUCACAAUAGACUACACUAAUGACAAGCUGUACUGGUCUGAUGCACAUCUAAAUUACAUUGAGUACUCAGAUUUGGAUGGUCAUCACAGACACACAGUGUUUGAUGGAAGUCUGUCUCACCCUUUUGCUCUGACCGUGUUUGAGGACACUAUAUACUGGACUGACUGGAAUACACGCACUGUAGAAAAAGGCAACAAAUACAAUGGUUCUGGUCGUCAAGCCCUGGUUAACACCACACACAGGCCGUUUGACAUCCAUGUAUACCAUCCUUACAGACAGCCUUUUGUGAACAAUCCCUGUGCCAUGAACAAUGGAGGCUGCUCUCACCUGUGCCUGAUCCAUUACGGGAGCCGCGAACACACCUGUGAGUGUCCUGACCAUUUCCUGACUGUGCAAACAGGAGGUGUGACCAGAUGCCUCGCCAUGUGCUCCAGCACCCAGUACAGAUGUGCUAACAAUGAACGUUGCAUUCCUAUCUGGUGGAAAUGUGAUGGCCAGAGGGACUGCAGGGACGGUUCAGACGAACCCUCCACCUGCCCCAUACAUCACUGCAGGCUUGGCCAGUUCCAGUGCAAUGAUGGAAACUGUACCAGUUCUCAGUUUCUGUGCAACAAUAACCGAGACUGUUACGACGGUUCUGAUGAAGACCCAGUGUUGUGUGCUACACACCAGUGUGAAAGCCACCAGUUUCAGUGCACCAACAAGCGGUGUAUUCCUGAGUCGUGGCAAUGUGAUGGUGAUGACGAAUGUGGUGAUAAUUCUGAUGAAGACAUUGGGCACUGCUCCAGCAGGACCUGUCCUCCUGGGCAGUUCAAGUGCCGCAAUGGACGUUGCAUUCCCCAAAACUGGAAAUGUGAUGUGGAUGAUGACUGUGGUGACAACUCCGAUGAACCAUUAGAGGAGUGCAUGGGGCCAGCAUAUCGUUGUGACAGUCACACAGAAUUUGACUGCAAGACCAACUACCGCUGUGUGCCGCUGUGGUCAGUAUGCAAUGGCCACGACGACUGCAGAGACAACAGCGAUGAGGAGGGCUGUGAUGAACUGACCUGUGACCCCAAUGGAGAUUUCCGCUGUGACAAUCAUCAGUGCAUCCCGCUACGAUGGAGGUGUGACAGUGACAAUGACUGUGGCGACAACUCUGAUGAACGUGGCUGCACUCCGCGCGUGUGCACAGAGAGUGAGUUUCGUUGCACUAAUCUGCACUGCAUUCCCGACCGUUGGGUCUGUGACCAUGACAACGACUGUGAGGAUAACUCGGAUGAAAGGGACUGUGAGCUACGUACUUGUCAUCCGGGAUAUUUCCAGUGCAGCAGUGGACAUUGUGUCGCUGAACGCUUCAAAUGUGAUGGCAACGCCGACUGUCUGGACUAUUCAGAUGAAGCUUCGUGCCCGACUCGUUUCCCCAAUGGUACGUACUGCCCUCCCUUCCUGUUUGAGUGCAAGAAUCACGUGUGCGUCCAGCCUCACUGGAAAUGUGAUGGAGACGACGACUGUGGAGACAAUUCAGAUGAAGAGCUUCACCUUUGCUUGGAAAUCCAGUGUGAGGCACCGUUCCGUUUUCGUUGUGACAACAAUCGUUGCAUCUACAGCCAUGAGCUGUGCAAUUCUGUUGACGACUGUGGUGACGAUAGUGACGAGAGACAGGAAAACUGCCAAAGCCCGACACAGGGUCCAUGUACGGAUGAAGAGCACAAAUGUGGUGACGGACACUGUAUUCCUCUGCAGUAUGUCUGUGAUGACUAUGAAGAUUGUGCAGAUCAGUCUGAUGAGCUCGGCUGCUAUCACGGGCAUGAGCAUUCUUGCAGCGAUAACAUUUGUGAGCACAGUUGUGUUGACCUGACGACAGGAGGUGUCCUCUGCUCAUGUAGACCUGGCUACAAGCCAAAGCCAACAGACAGGAAGGCCUGUGAAGAUGUGAAUGAGUGUGAGAUCUAUGGGACAUGUCCUCAGGAGUGCAGGAACUCGAAAGGCAGCUACGAGUGUUUCUGUGCUCAGGGCUUUGUUUCAUCUGGCAGACCACAUGGGGCAGAGUGCGCUGCGCAAGGAAACCCACCAGUGCUACUCCUGCCAGACAAUGUCCGAAUCCGCCGUUUUGAACUGUCAUCUGAGCAUUAUUCAGACUAUGUGGACAACCUCGAACACGUCCAAGCUUUGGACUACUUGUGGGAUCCAGACGGUGAAGGCCUUAGUAUCGUGUACUGGACUGUUCUGGGUCGGGGAUCUCAGUUUGGCUCAAUCAAACGAGCCUAUAUGACCACAUUUAAUGAUCACGGUAACAACCCAGUGAAAGAGGUGGAUCUAAACCUGAGAUAUGUUGCUAAUCCUGAUGGCAUUGCUGUGGACUGGGUUGGCAGGCACAUUUACUGGACAGACUCAGGAACCAAUCGAAUUGAAGUUGCCAAACUAGAUGGGCGAUACAGGAAGUGGUUGAUCCACACUGACCUUGACCAGCCUGCUGCUGUUGUUGUCAAUCCAUCACUUGGAAUGAUGUACUGGACAGACUGGGGCAGAAAGCCCAGAAUAGAGUCUGCCUGGAUGGAUGGUCAGCACAGACAGGUGCUUCUGGACCAGGAUCUGGGCUGGCCUACUGGUUUGGCUCUGGACUAUCUCAACGGAAACAGACUCUACUGGUGUGACUCCAAAGAAAACAUCAUUGAGUCCAUGAAACCAGAUGGCACUGACAGGAAGAUCAUCAUAUCAGGGGACAUCGGAAAUCCCUACAGCCUGGAUGUCUUUGAGGGCCACGUGUAUUGGACAACUAAAGAGAGGGGUGAAGUGUGGAAGAUAAAUAAGUUUGGGAAAGGAAACAAAGUCAAAGUGCUAACUAUUAACCCCUGGCUAACUCAAGUGCGCAUUUACCAGGAGCACCGACACAACCAGUCAGUUCCAAACCCCUGUAAGAAUGUGUGCAGCCACUUGUGUCUCCUCCGUCCCGGCGGCUAUACCUGCGCCUGCCCACAAGGAUCCUCUCCAGUUGAUUUCAACCCCAGUGAAUGUGAUGCAGCCAUUGAGCCGCCGGUUCCUAUGCCCCUUGCAUGCAGAUGCAUGAAUGGUGGAAUGUGCUACACUGAUGAGGAAGGGCUGCCCAAGUGCAAGUGUCCGAAUGGUUACAAAGGCAUUUACUGCGAGAUGGGAAGUAUCAGGCGUGCUCCACCAGGAACAGCUGUGGCAGUUCUGCUGGCGGUCAUUAUCAUCUUGAUUACCGGAGGACUGGCUGUUGGACUUUUCCUCAACUACAAGCGAACCGGCUCAUUCAUCCCUUCCAUACUAAAGUUACCCAGCCUCAGUAGUCUGGUGAAAUCCACUGACAAUGGGAAUGGGGUGAUGUUUCACUCUGGUGGUAAUGUGGAUCUUGGACCUUCACACAUUGGAGUGUCAUUUAUUGACACAACCAUGCACAUGGAUGACACUUUCACCAUGGAAGCUGGGAGGCAGCCAGUAACAUUUGAAAACCCGACCUACGCCUCUGCAUCUGGAGUUUCCACUGAUCCUGCUGUUAUUUAUGCCACACAGGUGACUGUGAAUGUCAGCGAUGAACAGAGAGAGAACAACUUUGUGAACCCAGUGUAUCAUACAGACAACAAUGUGGUCAUCGUGCAUACCUCUUCUGGAAGUGACAAACCUUCACAGGAGUCGAAAUGGAGCUUAUUGAAAAGGAAACUAAACCCAAGUACCACGUUUGAAAACCCUUCAUACUCAGAGAUGAAGGAUGAAAAACCUGGAGAAAGCAGCAGGGAUUCUCCCACCGCUGAGCCCUCUCCAUAUGUCCCCCCCACCAAACCUCAGAAGAGGGAACGUCCGAGCACCUUUUCGCCGACCGAGGACAGUUUCAAAGACACGGCCACUCUGGUUAAAGAGGACAGCGACGUAUAACGCUUCUCGCUGAACGGGAAAAAGAAACACACUUUGCACAGAAUUUAUUUUUUUAUGUAGCCUGUGUACAAAUAAGUUUAGGAAAGAGACACAUUUCUGUAGAAUGAAGAAAAGAGUCCUCUGUCACAAUGCCUUCUGACAUUUCUAAUGCCAACUGGUGUGUAAUGUUUGUCUUUAUUCUGAUGUACAAUAUGUAUAUCUUUGCACUGAUGCUGCUUAAAGAAAUGUUGAUAUAAAAGCUGUAUAUUUGUAAAUUUGAACAGCAAGAUUGUCAAAAAGCUGAAGAUCUGAAACAGAUCUUAUGAAUAGUCCUACAUACAGUGAAUGCAGUAUCACAUACACACAGUGCAGUCAACGUACAGUAGUUACGCUAUCGAGAGCAAUGUUUUCCGUAUUCUUCGUUCACGUUUAUAUACCUCAUUUCAAGGCUAUAAAGUAAAAGAAAGACAAAAAACACUGGAUUUCAUGUGAUGCUGUUCAUUUUUCAAAGAUUUUGCUACAAUAUAAACAUUUGCAUGCGUGUAAUACCACAAAAA